AUGUCAGAUUUUCGAGUUACCAAGCCAAAAUUCUUUGCAACAACAAAGAAAGGCGAAAAUUAUGAACUUCGUGCUGACCUUAAUAGUGAAUAUCGUGAUCGUCGAAAAGAUGCAAUUAAAAAAGUCAUUGCAAAUAUGACAGUUGGAAAAGAUGUUUCGGGAUUAUUUCCGGAUGUUCUGAAAAAUAUGCAAACUGAGGAUUUAGAGCAAAAGAAAUUGGUAUAUUUGUAUUUAAUGAAUUACGCUAAAACUCAACCCGAAUUGGUAAUUUUAGCGGUCAAUACUUUUGUAAAGGAUACUGAUGAUCCCAAUCCAUUGAUAAGGGCGUUGGCUAUUCGUACUAUGGGAUGUAUUCGUGUAGAGAAGAUAAUUGAUUAUCUCUGUGAACCAUUAAGGAAAAGUUUAAAAGACGAUAAUCCCUAUGUUCGAAAAACUGCUGCAAUAUGUGUAGCAAAGUUGUAUGAAUUAAACCCAGAAUUAGCCAUUGAAAAUGGAUUUGUUGCUGUUUUGCAGGAUAUGGUUUCAGACGCGAAUCCUAUGGUAGUAGCAAAUGCUGUAACAGCACUUGCAGAAAUAAACGAAACAUCUACGACAAAAGACAUUUUUAUAAUUAAUCCAUCAACACUUACAAAACUUUUGGUAGCGUUAAAUGAAUGCACAGAAUGGGGUCGUAUAGCAAUUCUAACAGCAUUGGGGGAUUAUCGACCUUCAGACUCAAAAGAGGCUGAACAUAUUGUUGAACGUGUAAUUCCACAAUUUCAACAUGUUAAUGGCAGCGUAGUAUUAUCCGCAAUUAAGGAGGUUAACAGGCAGAAUUAUAUUUUGGAACAGGUGAUAAUGAUUUACAUGAGGAUUAUCAAAAAUGAUGAAAUGAUACGUCAACUAGUUAGGAAAAUGGCACCACCACUAGUUACUUUAUUAGCUUCUGCACCAGAAGUCCAAUACGUUGCACUACGAAAUAUUAAUCUUAUUUUACAAAAACGUUCCGAUAUUUUGCAAAACGAAAUGAGAGUUUUCUUUUGUAAAUAUAAUGAUCCACCGUACGUGAAAUUAGAAAAGCUUGAAAUUAUGAUCAAAUUAGCUAACGACAAAAAUGUGGAUCAACUUUUAUCAGAACUAAAAGAAUAUGCAUCUGAAGUUGAUGUGGACUUCGUUAGAAAAUCUGUUCGUGCAAUUGGACAAUGUGCAAUAAAGAUUGAUGAAGCGUCUGAAAGAUGUGUUAAUGUUUUAUUGGAUUUAAUUAAUACCAAAGUGAAUUAUGUAGUUCAGGAGGCUAUCAUUGUUAUUAAGGAUAUUUUCCGAAAAUAUCCAAACAAAUACGAAGGAAUUAUCCCUGCAUUAUGUCAGAAUCUAGAUGCUUUGGAUGAACCAGAAGCCAAAGCGUCACUUAUUUGGAUCAUAGGAGAAUACGCCGAGAGGAUUGAAAAUGCAGACGAAUUAAUUGUUACGUUUUUAGAUACGUUCAGAGAUGAAAAUUCCCAGGUUCAAUUACAAUUAGUUACUGCGACUGUUAAACUGUUCCUUAAAAAGCCGCAGGAAACACAAAAUGUUGUUCAGCGGGUGCUACAAAUUGCCACAUCAGAAUGUGAUAAUCCAGAUAUUCGAGAUCGGGCAUAUGUUUAUUGGAGGUUACUUUCAACAGAUCCCCAGGCUGCUAAGGCUGUUGUGUUGUCAGAUAAACCAGUAAUAUCUAUAGAGGGUAAUGCUUUGAACGGGCCACUUUUGGAAGAACUUAUUAGUAAUAUUUCAUCUCUUGCGAGUGUGUAUCAUAAGCCUCCCGAAACAUUCCUUGGUAGAGGAAGAUUUGGAGCAGAUGCCCAAGAGGAAGCUUCUCGAGAAUCACCAAUUCAAGCUCAAGUUAAAACUAAUAUCGAGAACUUAUUAGAUCUUGAUUUUAACGAUAAUUCCACCCCAACUUCUAGUACGCCCCCUGCAUCUUCAUCUAAAUCAACUAGUGCCACUGCCAACGUAGAUGAUUUAUUGGAUUUAUUUGAUAAUAGCAGUAUAAGUAAUAAUGAUCUAUCUACACCACCUCAAUCAUCAUCGACUAAUCAUCAAAAUAAUGGAAUAGCCAAUGAUUUGGUUAGCUUAUUCUAA